CACGUGAUCGUCCGCCGAAGCGCGCCCGGCCGUUCGGUCCCCAGCGGCGUUCUCUGCCGCUUCCCUCUUCUCUCUCCGCCUCCCGGCCUCCGCACGGACGCGGCCGGGGCGGGAGCCGAGCCGGAGCCGAGCCGGAGUCGAGCCGGAGCUGAAGCCGGAGCCGCAGAGACGUGGAAUCAUGAAGGCCUGAGCCGGCGUGCACCACCCUGGCUGCGGCGGCGACGGCGGCUUCUUCUUAUCCCCCCCUUGCCACCAACUCGUGUGUCGGUGGAGCUAGAAGCGGAUCUGCCCUGCGGCUGAGACAGGUUGUCUUGUGGAAAUGAAGGCUUAAGGGCAAGUUAUCUACCAGAUUAGAAGAUGGGAUCGAACAGCAGCAGAAUCGGUGAUCUUCCUAAAAAUGAGUACUUAAAAAAGUUAUCGGGCACAGAAUCUGUCUCUGAGAACGACCCGUUCUGGAAUCAGCUUCUCUCGUUUUCUUUCCCUGCACCAACCAGCAGCAAUGAGCUGAAGCUUUUGGAGGAAGCAACCAUUUCAGUCUGCAGGUCUUUAGUUGUAAACAACCCUCGAACAGGAAACCUUGGUGCGCUAAUUAAGGUCUUCCUUUCUAGAACCAAAGAACUAAAACUUUCAGCAGAAUGUCAGAACCACAUCUUUAUUUGGCAGACACACAAUGCUUUGUUUAUUAUUUGCUGUUUGCUGAAAGUGUUCAUCUGUGAGAUGUCAGAGGAAGAACUGCAACUUCAUUUUACUUACGAAGAAAAAUCUCCCGGCAGUUACAGUUCUGACUCUGAAGAUCUUUUGGAAGAAUUGCUCUGUUGUUUGAUGCAGUUGAUCACUGAUAUUCCACUCCUAGAUAUUACGUACGAAAUCUCAGUUGAAGCUGUAUCAACAAUGGUGGUUUUCCUUUCUUGUCAACUCUUCCACAAGGAAGUUUUGCGACAGAGCAUCAGCCACAAGUAUUUGAUGCAAGGUCGAUGUCUUCCAUAUACCAGCAAACUUGUGAAAACCUUAUUGUAUAACUUUAUCAGACAAGAAAAGCCACCCCCUCCAGGAGCACAUGUGCUCUCACAGCAGUCGGACGGGGGAGGACUGCUCUAUGGGCUUGCAUCAGGAGUAGCAACUGGCCUCUGGACUGUCUUCACACUGGGUGGUGUGGGCAGCAAAGCAGCUGCCUCUCCAGAACUGUCUUCCCCUCUGGCCAACCAGAGUCUCUUGCUUCUGCUGGUGCUGGCCAACCUGACUGAUGCUGCAGAUGCACCAAACCCCUACAGACAAGCCAUUAUGUCCUUUAAGAAUACGCAAGACAGCAGUCCUUUCCCCUCAUCAAUUCCACACACUUUCCAGAUUAACUUCAACAGUUUGUACACAGCUCUUUGCGAACAGCAGACAUCUGACCAGGCAACUCUCCUCUUGUACACAUUGCUCCAUCAGAAUAGUAAUGUUAGAACAUACAUGUUGGCUCGCACAGAUAUGGAAAAUCUUGUUUUACCAAUUCUUGAGAUUCUGUAUCAUGUCGAAGAAAGAAAUUCACACCAUGUGUAUAUGGCCCUUAUAAUAUUAUUGAUCCUCACAGAAGACGAUGGCUUUAAUAGAUCAAUUCACGAAGUGAUAUUAAAAAAUAUUAGUUGGUAUUCAGAACGGGUUUUAACUGAAAUUUCACUGGGGAGUCUUCUGAUACUGGUUGUAAUAAGAACCAUUCAGUACAACAUGACGAGGACAAGAGACAAGUACCUUCACACCAACUGUCUGGCCGCUUUAGCGAACAUGUCGGCACAGUUCCGUUCUCUCCAUCAGUAUGCUGCCCAGAGGAUCAUUAGUUAUACCUGCCGCCACUUGCGGAGAUAUGUUUAUGUGUUGGACAAACUGUGUUUCCCCCACUCUCACUGUUCUACGCUUCAGCAUUGCUUCUCGACCCUCAGUGACAAUGGAGAGGAACUCUUGUCUUUAACUUGCUCUCACAUUCUCAGAUCCUAUGCUUCCAGUUUGUUUUCCUUGCUGUCUAAAAAACACAACAAAGUUCUGGAACAAGCCACACAGUCCUUGAGAGGGUCACUGAGUGCCAACGAUGUUCCUCUACCAGAUUACGCACAAGACUUGAAUGUCAUCGAAGAAGUGAUUCGAAUGAUGUUAGAGAUCAUCAAUUCCUGCCUGACGAAUUCUCUUCACCACAAUCCAAACUUGGUGUAUGCACUGCUUUACAAACGAGAUCUCUUCGAACAGUUUCGAACUCAUCCUUCAUUUCAGGAUAUAAUGCAGAAUAUCGAUCUGGUGAUCACCUUCUUCAGCUCACGACUGCUGCAGGCUGGGGCUGAGCUGUCGGUGGAGCGGGUCCUGGAAAUCAUCAAGCAGGGGGCUGUCGCGCUGCCCAAAGACCGGCUGAAGAAAUUUCCAGAAUUGAAAUUCAAAUAUGUCGAAGAGGAGCAGCCCGAGGAGUUUUUUAUCCCUUAUGUGUGGUCUCUGGUCUACAACUCAGCAGUAGGCCUCUACUGGAACCCCCAGGACAUCCAGCUCUUCACGAUGGAUUCCGACUGAGGGCCGACACCGUCUCCCACCCUCCCCUCUCCCUCCAGCCGAGCAGCCCUUCUAGUUACUUUCUUCCUGGGGGAACAGAAGUAGACAGAGUGCCCAGUGUACCUUCCAGCAGAGAGGAUCACACAGGCGUGCUUCCCUUACACACUUGGAUGUGGAGAAUUGGUGCCGGUUGGCAGGAGAUCACUCAGCUUAGAUUGUAGUGCAAAAAAGGGGGGAGGGGGGUACGCGACAAUAAUAAAUGUAAAAACCUGCUAUUCCACAUGCAAUUUUAUUUCUAAACCAAAAAUCUAGAGCUUUUCCAGGAACCCGAUGCCUUAGGCAUGUAACACUUCACCAGUACAUACUGUUUUUUUCUUUGCAUGUUCAAGAUUUUUGUUUUGGUCCAGUGUGUGCACGCAUGCACACGUGUGUGUGUGUGUGUGUGUGUGUGUGUGUGUGUGUGUGUGUGUUUUCAACAUAGAGAAAUAUCUGAAAAGAUGACGAGACAGGAAUUAGUAAGGAAAUGAAGUCAUAUGUAUGCGGGGUUGCCUUCUAGAGGGCCCAUGAUUUAACAGACACUAUGCCGGGGCCGUGGGAUGUGAGCCUUUAGAUCAGAUCCUCUGCAUCUUUCAAAGAAAGAAGUGGCUCCUUCUUAUAAAGCUCAGAUUAGCUUUACUGUGGCUUUGGCCUCUGAGCUGUAGCUGAAUUAAAUUGGAGUCUAGCACAAAUUAAGUUAAUCUACUCUGUAUUAAUCAUUGGGAAAAGAAAAGCUUCAUUUUGAAAGCAAUCUUUUUUCUUCAACCAGGCUAUUAGGAGAAAAGGAGACCAAUUUGAUUAAUACGGUAUUCCACAUGAGAUUAAAAACAUGUUUUUCUCUUCA